AUUGAUGAAAUUUUUGGUUACCCCAGUUUCAGAAGAUUUUCUAAAGGCUUUUUGUUUUUUCUUCCCCACUCUUUUUGUAAACAUUGCAGAGUGUUCCCAACCGCUUGAAAUUAGGUCGGAAGAUUUCUUGAAUCGAUCUUCGUUUCCUGUGACGAUGCAGAAUCAGAAUGAUAUUGUGAAGGAUGAAGCGGAAGUCGCUGCAUCCAUUGCGGCUAAUAAGUUUGAAGAAUGGGGAAAUUGUUCAAUGAAAGAUGCUAUGGAGGAACCAUCUUUUCAAGAAGAAGAUGCUGCAAAAGUUCCUUAUGUUGGUGAUAAGGAACCUCUCUCUAGUUUAUCUGCAGAAUACCAAGCAGGGAGUCCCAUUUUGCUGGAGAAGAUAAAGAUACUGGAAAGUCAAUAUACUGCAAUCAGGCGGACAAGAGGCGAUGGGAAUUGCUUCUUCCGAAGUUUUAUGUUCUCUUACCUUGAGCAUGUUUUGGAAUCACAAGAUCGUGCUGAAGUCGAUCGUAUCAAAGUCAAUGUUGAGAAAUGUAGAAAGACUCUGCAAAACUUAGGUUAUACAGAUUUUACUUUUGAAGACUUCUUUGCGUUGUUCCUCGAGCAACUAGAUGACAUUCUCCAAGGAACUGAAGAGUCUAUAAGCUACGAAGAGUUGGUUAACAGAAGUAGAGAUCAGUCUGUCUCCGACUACAUUGUAAUGUUCUUCAGGUUUGUUACUGCUGGUGAAAUACGAACGCGUGCAGAGUUUUUCGAGCCCUUUAUAACUGGAUUAUCAAACACAACAGUCGAUAAGUUUUGCAAGUCAUCGGUUGAACCAAUGGGGGAAGAGAGCGACCACAUUCACAUAACCGCUUUGUCAGAUGCACUUGGUGUUGCAAUCCGGGUUGUGUAUCUUGACCGUAGCUCAUGUGAUAAUGGAGGUGUCACUGUGAACCAUCAUGACUUUGUUCCUGUGGGCACUAAUGAGAAAGAAGAAGCAUCUGCUCCUUUUAUAACAUUGCUGUAUCGUCCAGGCCAUUACGACAUCCUUUACCCCAAGUCAUCUUGUAAGGUAACAGACAAUGUGGAAAAAUGAUCAUUUGACAUAUCAUCAAACCCAUUAGGAGAUGUUAACAACACUGUGGUAAUAUCGAUCCAUGUGGAUGAAACCAUGGAUGGAUCAACAAUUACAUCAUCUUCAUCUCUUUGCUCCUUCAUUAUGAUAAAAAAACCCUUCUGUUUUACUAUGAGAUUCAUGAUAAUUUCCUUUGUACUGUACCAAAUUGAACCAAAGGGUGCCAUACCAUCAAUGACAGAGGUCGAAGUUUGUUUUAA